CUCUAGCCGCUCCAAUUCUGGCCUUUAUUUUUCUCUACAUCAAUGGUUCUUUCCAAUCAUUCAUCACAGCUGCAGCCACAGGCAUUGGAUUCUUCUUUUGCCUCCCUGUGGGGCUUUUCAAAACCACUAAGAUCUUUGUUCUUUACAUUGCAAUGAUUGUUGUUGCAAUCACAGUCUCAACUGCAACACACACUCACCACUUAGCCCUAAUGGCUCCUAAAAUUUCAAGACCAUCACCAUUAAAGAGACUAACCAUAUUUUCCACAAAACAAAGACUCUCUAGUUGGAUCUCUCUCUUUGCCACUGCUGUUGGCUGUUUAGGUGCAUGCAUUGUCUCAUCCUUCACCUACCACAUGCUUAGGGAGCCCAUUGAACGUGGGUUUAUCAGUCUUUGGAUUGUGACAAUAUUUUGUGGCUUGUUAUGGCUAGUGGGAGUGUUGCAUGUCUUCACAGCAGAAAACAGAACCACUUCUGUGCCAAAUAUUUUGUCCUCAAGGCUUCAACUUUUUACAAUAUUCAAAUACCCACAUGCAAUCGGAUGCUUGGUUUCUGUUUUACUCUCCUCGUUUACCACAAUGGGCAUUUUCACUGGUGGGGUGCUGUUCAUAGUGGGCCAACUCUGCAUCGUGCCAGUGCACUUGCUUUAUUUCUGGUUAACCUAUUUCCUCUUCCCUCUGGUUUCUCUGCCACUACUAUUCCAACCACUACAGAACCUACUCAAGGCCAAUUCUGCGAAAAUGAAGAUCGUAGGGUUACUCUUGUCGCUUAUAAGUUCUGGUUUUGGGUUCUACUUCUGGGAGAGUCACUGGAAAUGGGGGCACUUGCUGGUAUUCGGGGCUAUUCAGGGCACAUCAAGUGGGUUGUUGCACACUUUUGGAAGGGUUUUGAUGUUGGAAACUGCUCCAUGUGGUGAAGAGGGUGGGUGUUCUUUUUGGUAUGGUUGGGUGAGAGGUGUUGGCUUGUUUGGAGGUUUCGUGGUGGGUUCAGUGGUGCCGAGGAGUGUGAGAACUUCCUUUGGGGCUGCGUUUUGCAGUGGCCUUGUCGGCAUUGUGGUUCUGCUUUUUGGAAAUGUGAGUGACUUUGGUGCUGCUAAAGAGGAUGGUGAGAGGGCAUUGGAUUCUAAGGAAUCUAUCAGCGUUUGAGAGUGAGUCGUGUAAUAAAUCAAUGAUUUUGUCGCAUUGUACAUUUUGUCUGCCUUCACUUUUUGUUUGCUCUCUCUUGCAAUUGCAUGGAAAAGUCGGGUAAUAGGAUUGAUUUGGUGAUUGGUUUUGGGUUCUCUAAAUGUGUC